UUCGUCCAAGUGUAACCUGAGGGCCCACCCACUCCUCUGAUGCUGCACGGCCAGACUUAAACUUCUGACUAUCGAUUAUUGCACAUGUCACAAGCAGUAGGAAGUCAGCUGCUUCUCUGAGACACAUCUCCACACACAGCGACACUCGGCUCUGUUCUAACCCACAUCACCGUCAUGCCUCUCCGGGUACAAGUGAUGGGUCCUGGCCCCUGGGGCUUCAGGCUGGUCGGCGGAAAGGACUUCGAGCAGCCGCUGACCAUUUCCCGGGUCACUCCUGGGAGUAAAGCGGCCCAGGCCAACCUGUGUAUCGGUGACAUGAUUUUGUCUAUCGACGGAGAACCGACGGAGAACAUGACUCACUUGGAAGCGCAGAACAAGAUCAAGGGAUGCAUAGACGAGAUGGUGCUCUCCGUAGACAGGUCAGAAUCUAAAAUGUGGUCGCCGCUUUCAUCUGAGGGAGGGAAGACAAAUCCGUACAAGAUGAAUCUUGCAUCAGAGCCAAAGGAAGUGAAACACAUAGGCUCCACCCACAACAGGAGCGCUCUGCCCUUCACUGGUUUUGGCUCCAAAGUUGUGACCAACCAGUACAACAGCCCCUCUGGUCUCUACUCCUCAGAGAACAUCAAGGACUUCAACUCGGCUGUGGACGAAGUUCAGACCAUGAGUUCAGCUAAUGAGCCCGACAACAAAGCUCCAUCAGAUCCAUCACAGGCAGGCAAGCGGCCGCCUGUAGCUGAUUCAGAGGUUUACAAGAUGCUGCAGGAGAACCAGGAGUCCGACGAGCCUCCUCGACAGUCUGCCUCAUUCAAAGUGCUGCAGGAGAUCCUGGAGACGGGUGAUCCUGAUAAACCGUCAGGAUUCAGGAGUGUGAAAGCACCCUCAACAAAGAUUGGAUCCUCAGUGGGGAACACAGAGAAGUUGCCCAUGUGUGACAAGUGUGGAUCUGGGAUUGUGGGGAUGGUGGUAAAACUGAGGGACAAGUUCCGUCACCCCGAGUGCUACACCUGUACAGACUGCAACAUCAACCUAAAACAGAAGGGACAUUUCUUUGUGGAGGACCAGAUUUAUUGUGAGAAGCACGCACGUGAGCGGGUGACCCCACCCGAGGGCUACGAUGUGGUCACCGUCUUCCCCAAGUAGAGCGCCGCCCGCUCCGCUCCGCCUCGGACUGCACGCCACUAUAGGACAUCAUGACAUAAUCCAAGACAUUCCAACCUUUAGCUCGUGCUACUCCUAAGAGUAUAAAAUGGUCUUCUCUGUCAUUAUGCUUCAGUACAGUCACUGGUAGGCAGGACGGUAAAGAACUACAUCUUUGAAAAUGUUGAUUUGCACAUUAACUUUGGCAUCUACGAAAAGGAAAAUCUAUGAGAUGAUGACAUUCAGUAUUUCUCUGUCGUAAAAAAAACAAAUUUUCCAUUUGAAUGGCAGCCACUGUGUUUAAGUAAUAUUUGUCUUUGUACAUGUUCAGUUUGCUCUUUUGAAUCAUGGAAACAAUGAAAAACUCUUUCACCCCAAGGGACAUGUUUUCUACAGUUUUAUUAAAUAAAUAGACCUACUUUUAUGAAAAAAAUAGAAAAAAACACACAUUUGAACAUCAUUACCAAAUAAAUAUUUUUAGCUUAAA